AUGUCGCUCAAUAACAUUGGCAGCACAUUGAACUCCAAGCUGUCCCCUCCAGACACGUACAUAAUCUGUGCCUUCCUCUCGAUAGCUCUCUACAAUGUCCUCGAAUUAUCGUCUACGGUCUUCGUGACGUUCAAGCGCCGAAGAGGUCUCUAUUUCUGGAGCUUCCUUGCUGCAACAUGGGGUAUCGCGAUCUACUCCAUCGGCUUCAUCCUUAAAGACUUCGGCCUCGCAAACUCGAUAACAUACUUCUAUGUUACACUUUAUCGUUGUCGGCUGGUGCAUGAUGGUUACGGUCGUCUCAUUCUUCACCUCGUUCUCGGAAUGAUUAUCGUCAAUGCGAUUAUACUUCAUAUACCCAUCAUCAUCCUUUGCUUUGGAGCGAAUUCUCCAUUAUAUACCAGUUUCAACAUCCCCUAUUCGGUUUACGAGCGAAUCCAAGUCGCGAUAUUCUUUGUUCAAGAAUCGAUUAUCUCCGGUCUUUAUGUCUAUGAGACAUCCAAGAUGCUUCACUCCGAACGAGGUAUCAUUGAGAUACAUGGUGAUGCUGGCAAGCGACUUCUCCUAUACUUGAUUCUGAUUAGUGUCACCGUGUUAGUUCUGGACGUGGUAAUAUUGGUGCUGGAGUUUGCGGGACGAUACGCGCUACAAACCGCUAUCAAGGGGUUCAUAUACAGCGUGAAACUGAAACUGGAAUUCAAUAUCCUGAAUAAACUGGUUGAGUUUGUUCAAAGAUCGAGGAAUCUGGAUUCAAGCCUGAUCGAUGGAAGUGGGUCUCGGCAUAGCUGGAAUACACAACAAGAGGAGGAGGUUCGUGCUGCUCGUCGCCAUCAACUUACUUGUCCAUUGGCCGUCUUUGCUCGAAGGGUUCAUCGUGAGCUGGGAAUUUCGAGAGAGAAGUACAUUUCAAGGGUGACGCAUCUUACAAAGAAGAGGUCUGGUGUGAGUACGACUGCAGAAUCGGGAUAA